AUGGAUGACCAAAAGCAAUUGUUUUUGUUCGCAUUUCCAGUUCCGAGUAAUGAGGACCAUUUAAUCGAUCGUAUAAAAGAAGCAUCAAGUGCUCGGAAUCAUCACGGCGCUGUAUCAACCGCAGCACUGGCCAACAUUGAUGCCGACAGUAUUGCACAACUUGCCGUUGGCCCGAAUCAUGUGGCAUUUCUAUUCAGGUGUGGUCGUAUUGCUCGAUUGAAAUACACUUUAACAACUGCUACUAGAGAAGAAAGCACCAACGAUGACAAGAGCUCUGGUGGAACAAGUGGAGGUGGAGGUUCGGGAACUAAUGGUAGUGGAAGCGGACCUACAACAGGUGGUAGUAGCGGUUCAUCUACUGGUACUGUGUUAAGUCGUGGUGCAAAAAUUAGACGGGUAAUGAUGGCAGCGAGACGGACGGCGGGUGCGUUGGGCGAACGUGCGGGUGUGAUUGUUGAUCGGAGUCGACCGCUUGUCCCUCUUAGUGCCAUUCCCGAAGAUCUCAUUGCUCAAGCCCAGGUUGUUUUACAAGGGAAGUCACGUGAAGUUAUUGUACGAGAGCUUCAGCGAACGAAUCUCAAUGUAAACGAAGCUGUAAAUAAUUUGCUCAGCCGUGAUGAUGAAGAAGGAGAUGAAAUGGAUGAAGGUUCUGAAGCUUAUCUUCCCGAAGAGCUUCUGUCAUUGUUGGAUGCCGGAUUGCGAAGUGAUUCACAUGGGAGUGCCGUAAUUGAUGGGGAUAAUUUAUAUGCAAGUGGCGAAGGUUUCGAUUAUGUUGUGUCAAGGGAUAUUGCUCGAAGGCGAAUAGAUAAAGAUAAAAAAAAUGACAAAACAAAAGAAUUUUCUUCAGAAACGUACACACGCUUAAAAUAUGAUGAAAAAUUGCAGUAUUGGGGUAAAGAAACGGAUAUGUUCCCGACGGGUGUAACGAAGUUUGUGAAAAUAGCUGCUAUGAGUAGUGAAUUAAUCGCGUUAGGUGAUAAUGGAUUUUUCUACAGUUGGUCAUGGAAGAAUGAUGGGCAUGGUUCAAUGACCGCUCAUCCCUUUGGAACCAAACUUCUGACUGGUGCACCAGAUGAAGAAAAAUUUAUAGAUGUAGUAUCAUGUGCAUAUCGUGCAUGUGUUGUAACAAGUAUGAAUAGGGUAGCAUCAUUUAUGGAUGGCGAAGCAUGCGGUAUGAAGAUAUCCAAUAUGUUAUUAACACCGUUGAUGGAAAUACCGGAUGGCGAGAAAUACUCAUCACUAUACGUGUGUCCGAUGUACUGUCUACUAAAAACUCAGUCGAAUACCUGUUAUUGGUGGGGUAUUUAUCCAUUUAAUGAAAGACGAAAAUUAUGGGAACGAAUGCGUUCAAAAUCACGUCGCAAUUCAAACCUUGCAUCACCUGAAGUGGUUGAAGGUUGCGAAGUUCGGACGAAAUCGCAUCCUAUAUACACGACGGGUUCAAUUGCCUUGAAUUUCAGCUCUGGAACACCAAUGGUUGGCGCUUUAAUGGAAUCAGCUUGGACGCUGUCUGAAUUAUGUAGGUUUCGAGUAAUGACACCAGCACAGCACGAUGAGACCAGUGAUGAUGACGGUUCGUGCCUCAAUUCUUCUGCGCAUCAAUCGGCUGAUAAAAAAGGCUCCUUGAAUCGUGAGUUAAUUAGAAUGCAUCUUAGCUGCCCUUUGUCCCCAAAUUCUUGUAUUCGUUGUGCUUGUGUUCCGAUGACAAUUGAAAAAGAAGGAACCGAGUUAAUUGGUCGAUUCAAGUUGGUGCAAAUCUACGAUAUACGUGUUUUGACAUUAUGUGAAUGGAAAUAAUAUGGUAAAAGACCACGUGAGGAACAGAAAGGAAAUACUUACCGAGAGACAGCAUGGGCUCUUAAUGAAGUAAUAUUCAUUCACAAAGAAACCUCACAGGACACAGCCAUUGUUAAAAUUGUUGAUGGAGCUUACUGUGGAAUUAUAUAUAGACCAGCGGUCGCUGGUGAUGAUGGUGGUACAGUUAGUCAGAGUCAAGAUGCAUGCGAUUUAGGAAAAAUUCGUUUGAUGCGCAAAGACGAUCUUGUUGUUGUAACGCCAAAUAGUAGAAUACCUCGUUGUCCUGAGAAUUUCCAAAAGCACAUACAAAAAAUACAGUUGCCGGGUGGUAUAUCAAUGAAAAAAAUACAUUCCUUGGCUGUAGACAAUACUGGUUUGCGAUUGUUGAUUGAAAAACGAGGACGGCUUCAUUUGGUUCGUGUCAGUGUGUUUGGUAAAAUACAAAGUGAUCACGUUCUGCCAGUGAACGUUUCGGCAGUAUGCAACGCUGGAUUGCAUUUACCACGACUUGAGAAUUAUGGGGAUGAAAUGAUUAUGAUGAUAAGCGACAGUAACGGUUCGAUAAUACCCAUGGUGCGUGAUGCAACGGGCGGGUUUCGUGAGCCAGUUUAUUGUGCUUUACCCAAAAUACAUAAUUUUGCAAUUGGUUUAAGGCCAUUGGAUUCUGGAGAUAAUGAAAAUGCUUCAGCAACUGCCAAUGAUGACUCGUCAUCUACAUCACGAAAUGCAAAUCGUACUGGAGUCAUGGUAACUUUAAUUGCUCCGUCUCCUUCAACUACUCGUCCUCGAAUACCAUCUCUGCUACAGACUGUUCUGUAUUGCGAUCUGCAAGGCGUGGAUUUGGUGCUUGAUGCACUUUCGAAGGAGUCAGACCGGGAAAUUGUGAAAGCCGAAAUCUUGAGCGCUCGUGCAGAUGGGAAUCGAACCAUUCUUCAUGCGGCAGUCAUGAACAGUUUUGCGAUGACUAACAAAGAAGAGGCAGACACAAUGGAAAUUUCAGUUGAUACGGAAAAUAAGCCUUUACAGCGUUUAACAGCUGAGGAUAUGUCAGCUGCUGAAGAAACUCGUGCCGCAUUUGAUAGCCGUUGGCAGCGUAUGUUGAGACGUCAUGGAGCUAAUGCGGAGGAAGAAAUGCUAAUACGAGAAUUGAUGGCAAAUAAUCCAUUACGAAGACCAGGUCAUGAUGUUGGUAAUAUGGAAGAUGUGCUGGCAGAUUUUGCGAGAAGCUUAAAAGAUGCGAAAAAGUCAUCUGUUUUCAUAGACGAUAUGAAAGAAGAAGCAUCGAUGCCAAUUAUUGUUAAUGCGAACAAUGAACCGAAGGUACGACAAUGCAACUCAAUAGAAAUUGUGAAGACUCUCUGCUACAACUCUACCGUGGCACCAUAUCUUCUUGAAUUGCUGACAACGAAAGAUAUUAAUGGACAUACACCUUUCAUGUGCGCUGUUAACUACAGAGCAUAUACGGCCGCUUUCAUUCUCUGGCUUGCUGCUGAAGAAUUGCAGAAAGAAGCGCAGAUAACUAAUGUUCAAAGCAAGAGACAAUCAGCUGAUGCGAUUUUAAGUUCCAUCAUAUAUCCACUAGGAAGUAGACCGGAUGAUUCACCUUUAUUCAUGCUUUGUAUGAAUGAUACUUGUAGCUUUACGUGGACCGGUGAUGAACAUAUCAAUCAGGUUGAACAAAUGAUUAUUUUUAAUCAGAAAUAA